AUGACCUUCAUUACCGUCGCAAGUGCGACGCUUCCUAGUGUGCCACUUGAUUUCAAAGGAAAUCUUCAGAGAAUAUUGGAAAGCAUCCGGCUCGCGAAAGCUCAAGGUGCAAAGCUCCGUACUGGGCCAGAGUUGGAAAUUCCUGGAUAUGGAUGUCUUGACCAUCACCUCGAGGGUGACACCUUCUUUCACAGUUGGGAGGUUGUUGCUCAGAUCCUGAAUAAUCCAAUGACGAAAGACAUGCUGAUUGAUGUUGGCAUGGGCGUGAGACAUCGAAACGUCCGAUAUAAUUGCCGCAUUCUCCUUACUUACAGGAAGAUCUUUUUCAUUCGGCCAAAAAUGUGCCUUGCUAAUGACGGCCUAUACCGUGAAGCCCGCCAUUUCACGGCCUGGGUAAAGCCGAGAACAGUCGAGACAUACUAUCUUGAGCAGGUUAUUCGAGACAUCACUGGACAGAAAACAGUGCCGAUUGGUGAUGCAGUGCUUUCCACACUCGACACGUCCGUAGGGUGCGAGACGUGUGAAGAGCUAUUCACUCCGUUGAAUCCGUCAACCAAUAUGGGUCUGAAUGGUGUAGAGGUCAUCGUCAACUCAAGUGCUUCACAUGCCGAGCUGAGGAAACUCAGCACCAGACUCGCCCUGAUCCAAAACUGCACCCGAAAGCUUGGAGGGGUGUAUAUUUACGCUAACGCAACCGGAAUUGACGGUGAAGCCAGAAUGAUGUACGACGGCUCAUCAAUGGUCUUGUGCAACGGCCGUGUCAUGAGCCAAUCCACACAAUUUUCCUUGAAACCCGUUGAAGUUAUCACUGCCACCAUUGAUCUAGAGGAGGUCCGCAGCUAUCGGAGUAGCAUCUCACGAAAUGUGCAAGGAGCAGCACAGCCAGAGUACCCCCGAAUAGAGUGCGAUCUCAGUUUAUCUUGCCCUGCGGACGAUAUUCUGCUCUCAGACCAAUUACAGCUAUCUCGCGAAAUUUCGCUCAAGAUACUCGACCCGAUGGAAGAAAUAUUUAGGGCCGAAGCAGCUUUUCUGUGGCAGUACCUUACUCGGGCGAAUGCUGCUGGGUAUUUUCUUGCCCUUUCUGGAGGUCUCGACAGCGCCACAGUGGCACUUUUCGUCUUUGGUAUGGCUCAAGUAGUCCUAGAAUCUAUCAAUUCCGGCGAUGAAAACGCGCUAUCAGAUCUGCGCCGUGUCACAGGGGAACCGAACCUCACAGUCAAAACACCGCAAGACAUUGUGAAGCGUUUACUUCACACAUGCUACAUGGCAACCCAGCACAGUGCAAGUCACACAAGAUCGCGCUCCAAACGCUUAGCAGAGCGUAUUGGUGCAUAUCACUCUGAUGUCAACAUUGAUGCCACUGUUAAUGCGCACGAGAAGAUUAUUGAACAAGCCUUGAACUUCGAGCCGAAAUUUAAAGUUGAGGGAGGAAGCAAUGCAGAGAAUCUCGCAAAACAGAACAUCCAGGCACGCAACAGAAUGGUCAUUGCAUAUGAGAUGGCACAGCUUAGCACAACGGCUCGCAAGCUGCCAAGAGCUGGUGCAAGUCUACUCGUGGUAUCCUCGGGCAAUGUGGAUGAAGCUCUUCGUGGCUACUUGACGAAAUACGACUGCUCAUCCGGGGAUAUUGCGCCAUUGGGAAGUAUCUCCAAAUCUGAUGCAAAAGCUUUCCUGGCAUGGGCACGAGAGAAGUGGGAUAUGCCUAUCAUCACGGAAUUCAUUGAUGCUCGUCCGUCAGCCGAACUUACCCCUCUGUCCGCUGGGGAGCAGGACGACGAAUCUGAGUCUGAAAUGGGUAUGACAUAUGACGAGCUGAGCACAUUUGGAGUCCUCCGCAAGGUUGAAAAGCUUGGACCCUGGUCUUGUUACUUGCGACUCCUAGUUGAGUGGCGAGAGCGACCUGGUUACGGUCCUCAGGAAGUUGCAACCAAAGUCAUGCGUUUCUUCCGCUUCUAUGCAUUGAAUCGCCACAAGAGUACAGUGUUAACACCAAGUGUCCAUAUGAGUGCAUAUAAUCCAGAUGACAACCGACACGAUCUAAGGCCAUUUCUAUAUGUCAUUGAUUGGCCAUGGCAGUUUAACAAGAUCAAAGAUCACGCAAGUGCAUUGGUGGAGAGGCUAGCUAAACAACAGCAGGGUAAAUGA